UCUAUAGUCCUCUUGUGACCAUAAUACCCUCGAAUACUCCAAAACAGAGCUCCAAGGGACUCGAACGAGUCAGAGUCAUACAUUACUUCGGUACGUCGAUUUCCAGAGAAUAACGCCCCGGAGCCGAAGACUCAUUCCGCGUUGAUUUUAUAGUGCGCAAUUAGCUUCUCGUCCCUCUCAGAAAUUCUAAGCAAUUCCUAGUUUAGAAAAUGGCAAGUCCCCCAAGUCUUCUCCCCAGUCCGCGUUUUGAAACAUGCCUCACAUUUCUCCUAUUUUGUCUCAUUGCUUUGGACAAACUGACCAACUGGGUGUGUCUUCUCUCUGUUGGGUUUGUGGAAAGUUUCGGUCUUGGUUUCUGGGUUCUGCGGAACCGCUGUUUUUUUGGUUCAUGGGUUUGUGAGGUUUUCGGUGUUUCCGGGAUUGAGGUGAAAGCUUGGCAACUACAGUAUGGCUGCUGCUUUGGCUUCAAAAGGUGCUGAUUUUGAUGUCGAGAGUUACGAGGAUUUGAGCGCGGAGUUGGAGUAUCAAGGUCCUCCGGUGGGUUAUGAAAUCCCACAUGCGUUUCCGAUUGACAUUCACCGAAUCCCGACUGCUGCACCGGUUUCUUCACCCAUUGCGAAGUCCAGUCAGAGCAAGAAGGCCAGAGUCGAGUCUAAACUUGGGGAUGAAGUAAAGGCGGUUCUUGAUUCAGGUGAAGAGAAGGGUGUGCGUAGUGAAGUUGGGAGCUCUGGAGAAUUGGGUUGUGGAAAGUUGGAGGGUGAGGAUGGUGGAGAAGGUGAUUGGGGAUCAACAGAGUCUGGGUUGAGCUCAAGAAGUGUUUCAUCUGAGGUUUUCUCUGGCAGAGAGGAAGCUGGUGUGGAUGAGAUUGUUCCUCACCAUGUGAAAAGGCCAUCGACUGUGACUUUUCGCGAUCCGGAUUCGAAUGAUAUAGUUGUGCAGGAAGUGGAGUUCAAUGCCUCUGAUGGGGAUGAGAGUUUGCAAGUGAGGCCGAGGGUGGAGAGAAAUGGGAAGAAGGGGUUGUGCUAUCGAUGUGGGAAAGGGAACAAGUUCACUGAGAAGGAGGUGUGCAUUGUUUGUGGUGCAAAGUAUUGCUUUGAUUGUGUGCUGAAGGCAAUGGGGUCAAUGCCGGAAGGAAGGAAAUGUGUUACUUGCAUUCGGUUUGGGAUUGAUGAGUCGAGGCGAGAGAGUAUUGGCAAGUCUUCUAGGAUGCUCGGGCGGCUUCUGACUAAGGCGCAAGUGGAAGUGGUCAUGAAAGCUGAGAUAUCAUGCCAAGCAAAUCAACUGCCAUGCAAUCUUGUUUUCGUGAACGACGAGCCUCUUACACAAGAAGAGCUCGGUAGAUUGCAAGGUUGCAGAAACCCUCCAAAAAAUCUAAAACCAGGAAAUUAUUGGUAUGAUAAUGUAUCCGGUUUUUGGGGAAAGGUUGGGCAUAGGCCUUGCCAAGUUAUAAGCCCCCAGCUGGAUGUUGGGGGCCAUUUAAAGCAAAAUGCUUGUAAUGGGGACACAAAAAUAAUGAUAAACGGUCGAGUGAUCACCAAAUUAGAGGUCUUCAUGCUGCAGAUGGCAGGAGUGCCAUGUGAAGACAAAAUCAACUACUGGGUGAGUGCAGAUGGAUCCUAUCAGGAAGAGGGAUUGAAUAGGGUCAGAGGAAAGAUAUGGGACACAAAAAUGAAGCUGGUUCAUAAUAUCUUGUCUUUACCAAUUCAUACUCCUGCGGAAGAAGACAGAAACUUUAUUGAAGAGAAACUGCUCGACAAACUUGUUUUAGUUGGGUAUCAUAAAUCUGGCUCGAGCACUAUAUUUAAACAGGCAAAGUUUUUGUAUAAUGUUCCUUUUUCGGGAGAUGAGCGCCAAAAUAUUAAGUUCAUGAUCCAAAGCAGAUUGUACAGUUAUCUUGGUAUACUGCUUGAGGGGCGUGAAUGGUUUGAAGAAGAAAGUUUGGUUGAAAACAGAAAAGGAGAGCUUCAAGAUGAACCUGGUCCUUCAGGAAUUACAAGCCAGCUGGACAGUAAAACAACAUAUACCAUUGGCCCAAGACUGGAAUCUUUUGCAGAUUGGCUGCUAAAGAAUAUGAUAUCAGGUACUUUGGAAGCCAUAUUUCCUGCGGCUCCUCGUGAAUAUGCACCGUUUGUUGAGGAGUUGUGGAAUCAUCCAGCUAUUCAAGCCACAUACAACCGGAGGAAUGAAUUAAAAAUGCUACCCAUUCCAGCUGCAUAUUUUCUUAAUCGGGCUGUAGAAAUUUCAAGGACUGAUUAUGAGCCCUCAGACAUGGACAUCUUGUACGCAGAGGGAAUUACCUCGUCCAACAGCCUUAAUACCAUGGAAUUUUUAUUGACUAGAUCAUCUGAACGUAGCAAUCUGGACACUUUCUAUCAGCAUAAUCCUUUGCAAAGGUAUCAACUCAUUAGAGUGCAUAGCCUUGGAGGAAGUUGCAAGUUGCUGGAGAUGUUUGAAGAUGUUGAUAUGGUCAUAUUUUGUGUUGCUUUGACAGACUACGAUGAGUUUUGUGAAGAUGCUAGUGGGGUAUCCAUAAACAAGAUGAUGGCAAGUAAGCAGCUGUUUGAAAGCAUUGCAACUCAUCCGGCUUUUGAUCAGAAACACUUCCUUCUGAUACUCAACAAGCUUGAUCUGCUCGAAGAAAAGAUUGACCAAGUCCCUCUCACUCGAUGCGAAUGGUUUAAUGACUUCAAUCCAGCAACCAGUCAUAAUCCCAACAGUAGUAAUAAUAACAGUAAUAACCCUACACUGGCUCACCGAGCCUUUCAGUAUAUUGCAAUGAAGUUCAAAAGACUAUUUCAUACUCAAACAGAUAGAAAGUUGUUUGUUUCCCUAGUUACUGCAUUAGAGCCUGAUACUGUGGAUGAAGCUCUCAGAUAUGCUAGUGAGAUUCUAAGAUGUGAGGAAGAGGUAACCAGUUUAAUUAAUGAGUACUCUUCGGAGUACUCUUCGGAUGGUGAUGCCAGUUCUACAGCUUAAAUGUCUGAGCAAAACAAUGGCUUCUAAGCGAGGUCUUGCAUUCAUUACAGUUGUGCAAAUUGUUUAUAUUCAUACAUGUAUACAGAUAUAUAAAGAAGAAUGUAGAGGCCAGAUUCUUUUCUAUUUUCAAUUUUACUACCCUAAUUAUGUGGAUGC